GGCGUGGCGGCGGCGGUGUGCGGAAGCAUGGCGGCGGAACGGGGCACGGCGCGGGUCACCUGCACAGCGCCCGUCAACAUCGCCGUCAUCAAAUACUGGGGUAAGCGUGACACCGACCUCAUCCUGCCCAUCAACUCCUCACUCAGCGUGACGCUGCACCAGGACCAGCUGAGGACCACCACCACAGCCGCCGCGUGCCGUGACUUCACCGAGGACCGCCUGUGGCUGAAUGGGGAGGAGGUGGAUGCGGGGCAGCCCCGGCUGCAGGCCUGCCUGCGGGAAGUGAGGCGCUUGGCCCGCAAGAGACGCGGUGACGAUGCUGCAGCCCCACUCAGCCUCUCCUACAAAGUGCACGUCGCCUCCGAGAACAACUUCCCCACUGCUGCCGGGUUGGCAUCCUCAGCUGCUGGUUAUGCCUGCCUGGUUACAGCACUGGCACGGCUGUACGGUGUGGAGGGUGAGCUGUCGGAGGUGGCACGGCGUGGGUCGGGCAGUGCAUGCCGCAGUAUGCUGGGGGGCUUCGUGCAGUGGCACCGUGGGGAGCGGCCAGACGGCAGGGACAGCGUGGCACAGCAGCUGGCACCUGAGACACACUGGCCGGAGCUGAGCGUCCUUGUGCUGGUGGUCAGUGGGGAGAAGAAGGCGGUGGGCAGCACGGCGGGGAUGCAGACCAGCGUGGACACCAGCCCCCUGCUGAAGUACCGUGCUGAGGUGGUGGUGCCGGAGCGCAUGACCCGCAUGGCGCGCUGCAUCCAGGAUCGGGACUUUGAGGCCUUUGGGCAGCUGACCAUGCAGGACAGCAAUCAGUUCCACGCCACCUGCCUUGACACCUUCCCUCCCAUCUUCUACCUCAAUGACAUCUCGCAGCGCAUCAUCGCCCUGGCACACCGCUUCAACGCCCACCAUGGGCGCACCAAGGUGGCCUACACCUUCGAUGCUGGCCCCAACGCUGUCAUCUUCAUGCUGGAGGACACCGUGGAUGAGUUCGUGGAGGUGGUGAGGCGCAGCUUCCCACCCAGCUCCAAUGGGGACCAGUUCCUUCGAGGCCGGCCCGUUGGCACGGCGGUGCUGCCAGAGGAGCUGGUGUCAGCCGUGGUGGUGGAUCCAGUGCCAGGGGCCAUUCGCUACAUCCUGCACACCAAGCCUGGCCCUGGCCCACAGCUCCUGGAUGACCCCAGCCAGCACCUGCUGGGCCCUGAUGGGCUGCCGUGCCGCUCUGCCUGAGAAUGGGGGACUCUGUGAUGGGGACGCUAUGAUGGGGACACCACCGGGGACAGCAGGGAUGCCAAGCAGGGGCUGCCCUUGGGGGGGCACACAGGCAGGGAGCCACCGUCCCAGUGCCUGCUUUGGGGCUGUGAGGUGCUGUGCUCAGCUGUACCCAUCCUGGCCCAGACGUGUCCCCUCCCAUUGCCUGGUUUUUACUCUUU